UUCCUUUUCUUCUUCUUCCCCAGAUUCGAUAUUCUCGUCGAUGGCUACAAUAGUUUAGCCCCUCGAUUCAAAUCCAGCGAGAUGAAGUGCCUCCAGGGACAAUAGAUUCUCUUCUAGUCCUGGUACAUAUAUGACACUUCCCAAUCUCGCUUCCGAGCCCUUUGGUAGGCUGAACUUCACUAUUCCACGCCCCUUGAUGGGCAUUCACAUGCCGCUCGCGAUAAUGAGAGUUCCACGGCAUUUAUCCAUGUGUUCAAAGAUCUCCUUAUUCCCUGUACACAUACUCGUUGCUCCACUGUCAAAGCACCAUCUCGUUGGAUCGUCAUUGGCUCGUGGAUCGGCUUUUUUGUUUCACCAGUUUCUGGCCCUUCAAAUUCCGGUCUCGAUUCCGGCCACCUUUUUGGCCUUUGGAACCACCUUGAUGCUUGCCACCAUUAGCACUAGCAUCAUCACUAUCAUCAUCACCACUUUGCGUUCCGCCCUAGAACGGCAUUGUACUCUUGAUCGCCUAUGUCCUGAUAAUAUUGGAUCGCUUGCCAACAAUACUGAAGCCUCAUCUGCUUCUCUAUGGCAUGGAACCAAUAACGAGCGUUAUCCUCAUCCAACUUGUCAAUCGAGAAUGGGUAUAUCUUUAUCGCAGGCUCCACCACCGCUCUAUCUGGUGAUCUAGGCAGAGGCGUGCCCUCAGCAGAAGUCUCUGUUUUACUAGACCCUGCCAUAAUGACUUUCUCACAACCCAAAAGGCUCCGCUGAGCAGAUUAUUGGCCGAUAAUCACGUAGGGAGUUAUUCGAGGGUGAGAUAUGUAAUCGGGAUUGUAUCGAUC